AUGGCGUUCUCAGUUUGUAGCAUCCGCACCGUCGAAGAGGAUUCUGAACCUGCCGAGGAGAGCGAAGCUGCCGAGGAGAGCGAAGCUGCCGAGGAGAGCGAAGCUGCCGAGGAGAGCGAAGUUGCCGAGGAGAGCGAAGUUGCCGAGGAGAGUGAGGGCACAAUCACUCGCGCGGAGGCCGCCGAGGGCUCGGAUCUGCUCGAGGCUACCGAGUUCACGGGAGAAAUGCAAGCACUCCCGCGAGAGCUGCUCGUGCAUAUUCUCGGGCAGCACUGCGCCUGCCGCGACCUGUCUGCGCUCGCUGUGUGCCGCGAGUGGCGCUUUGUCGCUCAGGAUGUGUACGAGGCGCACGCGCGGCGGCGGUACCCUCCCGCCACGAUUGCCGCGGCGCAGCGAAGCGGCAGCUUUUUACCCGGCAACCUGAAGAGGGGCUGGCGUGCGCUGCUCGCAAGCGACAACGCGGCAGGCGGACUUGCAGAGUGUUGUUUCAUCGAGGUUGUCGUCGACGCGUACGGGGAGCGCGACCUGCGGCCCGCAGAGAGCACCGCGCUCGUCGUCUCCGUCCCCGCCGUCGCCCGCCGCCGCGCGUACCUUGGUCACGGCCAGGUCCUCACCACGGGCUACCACAUCGCACGCCCGAAGCGGCGAGACUAG